AUUGGCUCCCGCAUCGAAACCCCGCCCCGAGCUCCCCGUCAGGCUCUGAUUGGCCAGAUUCCUCCGCCUCCCCCGAGCUUUCCGCGGGAACCAGAGAGGAGACGGGAGGCAGGCCGCAGCUGCCUCCGGAUCCCCGCGUGGGAGGAAGACGGGGCUGUGGCCCAGGCAGCGCCAGCCCGAGGCCGAGCCGCAGGCCCAGGGACCGACUCCAGAAGUGACCAUGAAGAGGCCCCGAAAGGCCGGGGCCGGCGGCCCGAAGCAGGGGCGGCGGCCCAGCCCGGACGCAGGCCCAGGGUCCCCCAGCCAGGUGUCCCCGUACCACGUGUUUGGCGCCGCCGACCGGGUCGCCGGGUUCCGGGCCAGCCUCCUCAGCUGGUAUGACCAGGCCAAGCGGGACCUGCCCUGGAGGAGGAGGGCCACGGAAGAGCCGGACCCAGACCAGAGGGCGUACGCUGUUUGGGUGUCUGAGAUCAUGCUCCAGCAGACCCAGGUCGCCACGGUUACCGGCUACUACACCCGGUGGAUGCAGAAGUGGCCGACGCUGCGGGACUUGGCUGGGGCGUCCUUGGAGGAGGUGAACCAGCUUUGGGCCGGCCUGGGUUACUAUUCACGGGGCCGGCGACUGCAGGAAGGCGCCCGCAAGGUGAUGGAGGAGCUGGGGGGCCACAUACCCCGAACAGCAGACAUGCUCCAGAAGCUGCUGCCCGGGGUGGGCAGGUACACGGCCGGGGCCAUCGCCUCCAUCGCCUUCGGCCAGGUGACUGGGGUGGUGGAUGGGAACGUGACCCGCGUCCUAUGCCGCCUACGAGCCAUCGGGGCAGACCCGGGAAGCCCCCUUGUCACCCAGCAUCUCUGGAGCCUGGCCCAGCAGCUGGUGGACCCAGCCCGACCCGGGGACUUCAACCAGGCGGCCAUGGAGCUGGGCGCCACGGUCUGCACCCCCCGAGGCCCGCUGUGCCCCGAGUGCCCCGUGCGGGGCUUCUGUCACGCCCAGAAGAGGGUGGAGAGAGAGCAGGCGGCAGCGUCCCAGAGGCUGCUGGGCAGCCUGGAGCCCGAGACCCUGGACGUGGAGGAGUGUGCCCCCAGGAGACCUGGCUUGUGCCCAUUGUGCCUGCCCCCUUCGGAGCCAUGGCGUCCAGACCUCGGUGUGGCCAACUUUCCCCGCCAGCCAGCCCGGAAAGCCCCCCGCGAGCAGCGGACGGCCCUCUGUGUCCUUCAGCAGCCGGGCCCCGAGACCGGCCGCUUCCUGCUGGUGCAGAGGCCAAGUUCAGGCCUCUUGGCCGGCCUCUGGGAGUUCCCCUCCGUGCCAGCAGAAGGUUCCGAGUCUGACCAGCGCCAGGCCCUGGCAAAGGCGCUGCGGGCCUGGGUGGGCGGCCCCCUUCCCUUGAGGAGCCUGCGGUGGCUUGGCGAGGUGGUCCACAUCUUCUCCCACAUCCGGCAGACGUACGUGGUAUACAGCCUAGCCCUGGAAGCACAGCCCCCAGGCCUGCCCCCAUCAGGUGCCCGCUGGGUGACCCGGGCUGAGUUCCAGGCAGCUGCUGUGCCCACGGCCAUGAAGAAGGUCCUCCGGCUAUUUGAGGGCCAGCAUUCGGGGAGCAAGAAGCCCUGCAAAAGCCCCCAAGGUCCUGCCACUUCAGGCCCUGAGCCUGGGCCUGGCCGCCAACGCAAACAGCUGACCCUCAGUGCCUUCUUCAAGCCAACAUCUGCCCCUUGAUUGUCCUGACUGCCAGGGCCUAAUUAUGGGGCAGCUGCCUCUUCCCCAGCCUCCCUCCCUAACCUGGCUGCAGGUCAGCAGUGAGCCUCCUUUUGUAUAAAUAAACAGUUUUUUUUUUUAAGUCUCUCCAUCCCCUUCCUAACUUACAUAGUUCCAUAUCUUCCGCCACUACUUCUAUCCAAAAAGGACUUAUUAAAUCUUACUUCCUCUCCUUCAUAAUCUCCAUAACAUUAAUUCUCCUAAGACCACAAAUAACUUCCAAAACUACUAAAAUAGUAAUAAAUAAAAUCCAACCUAAUUAUACCAUUGCCCAGCCCCCACAACCAUACAACAAAGACACCCCAUUUCAAUCCUGACCUACACAAUAAUUGCCCAACGAAUCAGAUAACUCAAAAGUCUGUGACCACCUCAACCUCACCUGACACCACAAAUCAAAUUAUCUCCAUUAACAAACUAAGCAACAACAUACUAAAAGCCACCAUAUUACCCACUCAGCUCUCAGGGUACUCCUCAGUAGUCAUAGCAGCAGUAUAACCAAACCCUACUAAUAUUCCUCCCAAAUAGAUCAAAAAUACAAUUAAUGCUAUUUAAACACACAACAAUCACACAACCCAAGCCCCUACUAACCACAAGACUUAAAUCCCCAUAUACAGGAGAGGGCUUAGAAGCAAAAGCAACAAACCCCAAAAUUAAUAAUAACAAGGACAGUAUAUCAUUUCCAUAUUAGUUUUAGUAUGGACUCUAACCAUAGCCUAUGGCAUGAAAAUCCAGCCUCUUCUUGCCACUUUCUCUUUCCAAGAGGGCAAGCGGAAGGUGCCCAGGGCAAGCAGAAGGUGCCUGGGGCCAGCUGUUGGGGACAGCGGCCUCCAGAGCUCCCCAAGGUGGCAGAAUUGGCCAGGUAGCUCACCUUACCCCCACACACACACACACACACCCCACCCCCCGCCCCAGGCACAGGACCAAGCACCCCCCUUCCCCGGCCUCUGUGACUCAGCGGCUUUGCUCGGGAGGGCUGCGGUAAAACCAGGCCAUGCUGGGUCCCAGGCCCCUGUUCCUGGCACCCUGCUGCCCCUGUGCCUCCCUUGCAAACGCACCCGGCUCUCAGGCCUACCAAAGACCACUUUGCCUCCUAAACUGGGUCUCUUCCCAGGAGAGCCUUAGCUGCGGAAAGGGCUGCUUGGGAGGAGGCAGCGAGCCCCAGCCUCCGCGGUCUGAGCAGAGGCUCCAAAGACCACCUGGGGAGGUACCAAUGAUGGUUUCUGUUUGGGGCCAGGCUGGGCGCCCCAGGGGGGAAUCCUAGUCUGGCCAGUCACAGACGGUGCCAGGGGUGAGGUGGGCAUAUCACCCUCCCCACCCCCACUCCCGAUUGCUGCCCAGCGACCCCAGCAAAGCUUCUGGAGGGUGAAGGCAAGAGUUGGAUGGGGAGGACUGGAAUCGGGUCCUCAUCUGAAGGGAAAGUCAGAAAUGUAAGCAAGAAAGCCUGGGUAAUUCCAGGAAG